CAUUCCCGCCCUGCCGCAGGGAGCCGGGCCCCAGUGCCCGCCCGCCGCCGCCAUCAGCGCCUCCCCCAUCCCCAUGGUUACGGUUCCUGCUUCCCGGCCCGGUCCUCGUCCCCCGGCUGUCGCCCGCCCUCCAAGCAGGCGCAGAGGCGGCUCACAGUCCCCACGCCGACUUCGGGAAGCCGCCUCCUGAGGAUCGCAUCGAAUGUCUGCCGGUCCUGGCUCUGACUCAUCCCCUCCGGUGCGGAGCCCAAGUCGCCACGGCCAGGCUGCGGUCCUGCAAUCUGUUGAUAACUCCACUUGCUGGCUCCAGCCCGCUGCCUCUCGGCAUGGAAACCCGUCCCCGGGGCCGGAGAAUGCACCACACCUGGUCGGCACCGCGGACCACGGCGCUGCCGCUCCCGCAGCUUUUGCCAAAAUAGAUGGGGACAGACUCUUGACCCCCACCUGCCCCACCGUCGCCCUGAGGCACCUGGCCCGGGGCUCGACCCCACAGCUGCUGUGUGGGACCUUGACCUUCGGGACAGCCAUGGAGGCUGGUGGGGAAGAGGGUGCCACAUAAUCGGCUCGGCGGCGACCCCACUCCGUCUGGCACUCACACUGCAGGAGCUUGGCAGGGCUCAUGGAUUUGAAGACCGUCCUCUCCCUGCCCCAGUCCCCGGGGGAGUUCCUGCACCCCGUGGUGUAUGCGUGCACCGCCGUCCUGCUGCUCUGCCUCCUCACGUCUGCCGUCACCUACGUCGUGCACCAGAACAUCCGGAUCAGCCGGAAAGGCCGGCACACGCUCCUGAAUUUCUGCUUCCACGCGGCUCUGACCUUCACAGUGUUUGCCGGCGGCAUUAACCGCACCAAGUACCCGAUCCUGUGCCAGGCGGUGGGCAUCCUGCUGCAUUACUCCACACUGGCCACCAUGCUGUGGAUCGGGGUGACCGCCAGGAACAUCUACAAGCAGGUGACCAAGAAGGCCCCACCGUGCCUGAGCGCAGACCACCCGCCAUACCCCAAGCAGCCCCUGCUCAGGUUCUACCUUAUCAGCGGAGGGGUUCCCUUCAUCAUCUGCGGGGUCACAGCCGCCACGAACAUCAGGAAUUACGGGAUGGAGAAUGAGGACAUGCCCUACUGCUGGAUGGCCUGGGAGCCCAGCCUGGGCGCGUUCUAUGGGCCGGCGGCCUUCAUCACCCUGGUCACCUGCGUGUACUUCCUGGGCACCUACGUCCAGCUGCGGUGCCACCCAGAGCGCAGGUACGAGCUGAGGGCGCGGCCAGAAGAGCCCCCGCGGCGGGCCGGGCCCGGGGCCGGCCACAACCCCGGGGCCCGGCCGGGCUCGCCGGCCGCCUCGCUGCUGCAGAACGAGCACUCGCUCAAGGCCCAGCUGCGGGCCGCGGCCUUCACGCUGGUCCUGUUCACGGCCACCUGGACCUUCGGGGCGCUGGCCGUGUCUCAGGGCCCCUUCCUGGACAUGGUCUUCAGCUGCCUGUACGGCACCUGCUGUGUGACGCUGGGGCUCUUCGUGCUCAUCCACCACUGCGCCAAGCGGGACGACGUGUGGCACUUCUGGUGGUCCUGCUGCCCCUCCCGCGGGGACGCCCCCUCCUCAAAGCUCGCGGCCCGCCCCGCGCCCGGCACCGACGGGGACGCCCUGGCGCGCGUGGCCUGCCUGCGGGACGCGCCGUGUCCGGCCAAGCCGCGGGCCUCCGGCCACUGCACGGUGGCCAACCUGCAGGCUGCCCAGAGUCGCGUCAGCUGCCGGUCACCAGCCACGCCAUGCUGCACCAAGAUGCACUGUGAGCAGCUGAUGGAGGACGCGGCGCACGUGCACGUGCACGAGGAGGACGCCUUUGGGCCAGACCCGCAUCCGCACAGGUGUCUCCAGGGCAGAACUAAGGCUCCGCACUUCAGCCGGCACCGGGCAGCCUCGGCGGAGCAGGGAUACGCCUACCACAUCCCGUCCAGCCUGGACGGCAGCCCCCACAGCUCGCGCACAGACAGCCCCCCCAGCUCGCUCGAGGGCCCAGCGGGGGCGCACACGCCGGCCUGCUGCGCCCAGGGCGACCCCUUCCCCUUGGUCAGCCAGCCCGAGGGCAGCGACACCAGCCCCGUGCUCUAUGGCUGCCCCCUGCGGCCAGGCAGGGCGUCGGCCCACGGCCCAGCGCACUUCGAGAUGCUCCGGAGGACACAGUCCCUGCCCUUCGGUGGACCCGGCCAGAAUGGGCUGCUCAAGGGAGACAUGUGUGAAGUCCUGUCCUUCAGUGCCAAUGGCGUGGGCAAUAUCCGGACAGGGCCGUGGAAGAACGAGACCACUGUGUAGCUGGGCCGGGCCUCACGUCACCCAGCCCUGACGGACGAGCUCCAGAGCAGAGCGGGGUCCUGCCACGUGAGGCCAGCGGGGGCUCACUUCUCAGAAGCAGCCAGCACCCCCACUGACCCUGUGCUGUGAAGGACCCAAGCGGGAAGAUGCUUUGGGCCACGUCUGCUCCUGCUAAUCCUGAGGCCACACGGGCCGUCCGUGUCCCAGUCACCGGCUUUCUGACCCAUAGUCCCCAGUCCCCAGGGCAGCCCAGGACCAGAGCAGGGGUUCUAUCAGGAAGAAACCCCCCGCACCCUGUGUGGGCCAUAGGGAGGCCUGGGGUGCAUCCCGUCUGCCCACAGCAGAGGUGCCACCCACUUUUUCUAGUGUCUAGUGUGUGUCUCAUGAAAUUUCAUUCCAAGGCACAGGCAGGAUGCCCGUCGGGACAGGGGGCUCUGGACCUGGGCUGUCACCGCUGGCCCCUCUGCCUGCCCGUGUCCGAGUCAGGGGGCCCGCGUCACCACCUCCACCUUCAGCGGCCCCCUGGGCGCGGCCCCCACAGGCCUGAGAGCGUCACGGACGCUGGGGCCUGUGCCAUAAUCCAGGUGCACGUGAGAAGAGAAGCAGCCUGUGACAGUCCUCCGGGGCGCCGGCCGGGCUCUUUGAGGGGCCCUGUGCCUUCAGAAAUGCCCAAAUGUCCUUCAACAGACUCGACUGUCAAAGCCAGCCACUGUCGGGACCGUACCCCGCCCAGCACGGUCAUCUGGGGCUCUAACAUCCCAGCCCUGAGAAGCGGGGGGCCGGCACUCCCAGGAGCAUCUGGGCACGAAGUCCCGACUCGGAGGACAGUUGUGCGUUAGAGUGAGCUGUGUAUGAAGCACGGGGUUCGUCCCGCGGGCGAGCUCCACAGGUCCCCGCGGAGGCAGAGCCCGGACAUCCGGAGGAACACAUGUGCGAGACUGUGCACGGCCAUUCCUCCCUCCCCCCUCCCAGAUCUGUGGCACACGUGCAGACCGCACGUGUGCAUGUGCCACAUAUAUGCACACGUGCAUCGUGUGUGUCUCCAUGCUUGCACAUGUGUGCACACACCAUACAUACGCCGUGCACACGUGUGUGUGCGUGCACGUGUGUGUGCACACACGUGUGUGCACACUCGACACACCGUGCACACACAGAGCCGGCAUUUUCCAGACAUUUGAGCACGAGUUUCAUUGCCCUGCACAGAUGUCAUCUCUGUGACUCCUCAGUGUUCUCCACUGUCUGGGGGAGGGGGCUUCACCAGGAGCAGACCCUUCCUAACGCACACCUCGGGGGAGGGGUUGCAGACCCUUCCUAAUGCACGCCUCGGGGGAGAGGGGGGUGCAGACCCUUCCUAACGCACGCCUCGGGG